AUUUGGUUUCUGGAAGGUGUCGCUUCAGGAAAGGUGCGCGACAAUGGUUGUAACACCUAUGGACAAUUAUGCCUUGUGGCAAUGCUUUAUUCUUGCAAUUUUAAUUGCACUUUGUGAGAGUACGACAGGUGUCAGGAACACGAGUUACGGACGAGUCCGAGGAAAGAUUGAAGAAACAGCUUUACCGGGUCGCGAUGUCGAGAGUUACUUGGGUAUACCUUUCGCAAAACCGCCGGUUGGACAUCUGCGCUUUGAGUCGCCGAAACCCCCUGAACCGUGGUAUCCCAGAAUCAGGGACGCUCUCAAGUUCUCUUCCUACUGCACGCAGAGCCAUGGGGACAGGCGCUACAUCAAAGACAUCAGCCCAAACCACGCCGCCUCCCUAAAAAGUAGUGAGGAUUGUCUCUACCUCAAUAUAUACACUCCAGUCACGAAAACAGCGGGUCUCUUACCUGUAAUGGUCUACAUUCAUGGCGGAUCUAAUGCGGUAGGGACAGGGGCGAUGAGAGAUGGGUCGAUACUGGCGGCAUUCGGGAAUAUUGUCGUAGUAACGCUCAACUACCGACUCGCCGAACUUGGGUUUCUUGGGCUAGGGGAGGAAGACUUUCCUGGCAAUUAUGGACUCCUUGAUCAAAUUGCUGCUCUCAGAUGGGUGAAAGAAAAUAUUAAACACUUUAACGGCGAUCCAGACAAGGUGACAGCAGUGGGCCACAGCGCAGGUGCAAAUGACGUUGGUCUUCAUCUAGUAUCACCCUAUGGAAAAGGUUUGUUUAGAUAUGCCAUCCUGAUGAGCGGAUCACCAAUGAUGCCUUACGCCUCCACAAAACUGGAGAAACGCCUUCGUACCAAAAUUCGUGAAAAUCUAUCUACUUUAGGCUGUAGUUUAAAGGACGCCUUGAGAGUAAAGAACUGUUUGAAGAAAAUCAGUGUUGAUGCGUUUCUCACAGCUGCAAAUUUCCCUUGUGAGUUGUACUCUGGUAUUGCUGACAACAACUACAUCUCAGAUACAGGCCAAGUCUUGCUCCAGUCCGCCCCAAUCAACGCACAGGCAGUCAUGGUUGGAAUAACUAAAGACGAAGUAAAUGAUUUUAGUAAGAAUGCCGUUUUUGUACAGUUUCUCCUUUUUGAGCGUAUCCGGCCAAAAAGCUAUUAA